ACUGAGUUGACAUGAUAUAAAAUUAAAUUAAUUACUGAAAAAUAUACAAAUCAAAUGAGUACAAAAAUCAUAAUUGACAUAAUAUAUAUGUCAAAUUUUACGUCUAUAUAAAAGAUAACCACUAACAUUAGAAAAACAAUUAAAAACCACUUCACUUGAAUUGUAUUUCGAUAAAGUAAUUAUUAACAUGCAUAGAAAAAUAUAUUUCUCUUACUUAUAUGCACCUCCGACCCGUCAUGUUUGUGUCCAUGCUUACUGAGGUCGUCAUUUUCAUAGCAAUGAACAUAAUUCCUUUUUUAAGUCUAUUUUGUGAAAAUGAGACAUAUAUUUCAAACAAAAAUUAUAUAUAAUCAUGUGAAAUAUGUAUAAUUUUUUUGGCAGACUGCUGGAUGCAAGGACGCACCCGUUUUGUGCGAAGAGGAUUCACUCGUCUUCUAGAUCAGCUCCUGUAUUUCUUGAGAGGAGUGAGCCGCUUCCAGACCUAGCUAGGCUCGUACGGGCAUUCGCUUGUUGGGCCUGUUUGACACUUCUCUCGCCGGCACGCACAGUAGCCACACUUAUAGAAAUAAUAAAGAUGUGUUUCUCAAGAAAAAAAAUAAAGAAGCAUUAGUUAUCAGAAAAAAUCCAGUCCUCUCACCGCACAGCAUCCACUCUGCCCACCUCACAGCCUCGCACAUGUCGCUUCUCCCUGCUGCCUCCUCUCCUCACCACGGCUCGCCCUCGGCAUCCUCUCCCCACCACGGCUCGCCCCACAGCCUCCACCUCCGAUACGACCUCGCGCUGCCACCAACGCUUCCGGUCUCCCCUGUAUCGACACUGCCGCCGGUGUCCAACCUCAGCGACGACGCCAGCCUGCCCGACGCAGCUCCUGGCCGCGGCGGCCUAGAACGCCGAGGUAUAGAAGCCUGCUCCGGCUGCCAAGCUGCCGCCCAACCUGCUCUGGGGGUUCCAUAUGAUACAAGACUCAAAGGUCUAGAUGAUGACAGAGGAACCAAAGGUCUAACACAGGAUGCUUCAAAGUCUCAUUUUAAAAGGUCAACAGAAGUUACCGGGACAUGUCUUCAUGAACUUUUCUCCCGGGGUUAAAAAGUUAUCACGGUGUUUGUACCUGAGUUAUCAACUCCGCGAUGUGUAAAUUACCAUGCUAUUUAUACAAAAGUGACGAGCGGGAUGUUUCCAACAAAAAAUCCCCGGUUCAAAGUUAUCAUGGUGUUUGUACGUAGUUAUCAGGUCGGCGGUGUGCAUAUUACCAUGCUACUUACAAAGAACUGAUCGGGGUAUGUUUUCAACAUCUUCUUUUUCCCGGUCAAAGUUAUCGUGGUGUUUGUACCUAAGUUAUUAGGUCCACGGUGCAUAUAUUGCUAUUUACAUAGAAGUUACUAAUGUCUACUACACAACUUAUUCUUGUACACUCGUGUUGGGUCUCCAAGCACAGAGUUUUGUAGGACUGUAGUAAUUUACUCUCAAGUGGAUGACUUAUACGUCUCCAUCGUAUCUACUUUUCCAAAUUCUUCUGCCCAUGUUUUGGACACUAAUUUGCAUGAUUUGAAUGGAACUAACCCAGACUGACAUUGUUUUUAGCAGAAUUGCCAUGGUGUUAUUUUUGUGCAGAAAUCAAAGUUCUCAGAUUG